UAUAUUUAUGUAUAAAUUUUCAUUCAUGCUUAAAGCAUACAAAAAAAUCUUAGUAGAAAGUAACGCUUAAAAGAGAAUAGAUGGUCGAAUCUUCGGCUGAGCAUAGUAGACCUAUUUUUUUUUUUUUUAAUUUUUGCCCCUGUGGUUGACUUAAUAGUUUAAGAUAAAGAUAUCUCAUUACUAUUUUUCUAUCUUAAUCUAAUUAUACCCUGAACCGUAUAAGUUUGCUCGAAGUUUGUAACACCCAGAAGAAAAGUCGGGAUACCUACCCUAUAGUUAAAAUCCUUUCCCACGACAGCGGAUCCGUAGACUUGUAGAUUCCAAUUGUUAAUAUAAUAUUAGUAAGACAAUGUGUUUUUGUGCCUGGCGAGUGAACCUCUUUGGAAUAUCUGAAGUGUCGGUUAUUGAUGAAUGAAACUAAAAGCCGUAAAAGUAACAUCAUCAUCUUUAACUUUCCAUUUCACCCAGAGUUCAGAGCAGUGUUAAUGUACUCCACAUUUGCAGCGGCGUGCGUAUUGGCGAACACACACGAAAAUUUCAAUGCACAUAAUCAUUGCAUUGAAGACGCUCAGUCACAGAAGUGCUACGGCAACGGGUAUGAAGAAAUCGAACGUGGCUUUGCCUUCAGUUGAGAAAUUAUAAGCUUACAGAGUGUAUCCACCGUUAAUUUCAAAAUUUACUGGUCGUCAAAGAUAAAUUUUUAUAAUUUAUUCAGAAUUUUCUCAAAAGGGCAAAAUGAAGUGGUCAGCGUCAGUUGGAGUUUGCUCUUGUCUUCUGUUAUUAAUGUAUGAAUCGGGUCAUGUGAGCGCCACAGUUGUUACUAGUGUCAAUUACAUAUUUGAAGGCUUCAGUCCGUAUGCAACAUUGCGGUUUUUUGAAUUCAACGAUAAAGGCUGGAACAUAAGUGAGAACUGCAUACGAGACAUGUAUAACUUUUUGGAGGGACUUCGACGUGGCUCUCUUUGGGCUGUGAAGUUGUAUGAUGCUACGUCUUACUAUGGGGGUGGGGCAUUGGGCGGUGCAGCAAAUGUGCGGAUCCACAAUCCGAACAUAUGUCGGUCCUUGCUGCAUCAGUACAAGGACCAGGUGCAAUACACGUCGUGGAGCUUUCUUGCCAAUGAAACUAUCGUACCAUUUGCCGUACAAGUCAUUGUGGGUCAUUACUUACUGGAGAUUGUUUAUGAAGGUGGUUUCAAGUUUGAGAAAAUAGAACAGCUCAUUUGUUUUCCAUCCUCAUGUGUUGCCGAGGACUUGCAGCAGAUCCUUGAUGUCUACCUCUUUCAAAGCAAUCAUGUUGUAAGGAAUAGUACUUAUCUGUGGCAUCGGGUUCUCAGCGAUGUCUACAGUAUUCGAAACGACACGGAUUCUUAUAUUUUGAUAACAUUUGUCUGCAGUUCUUUCUUCGUUUAUGCCUUGUUCUUUGUUAUGCGCAGCUAUCACUCAAUCAUCAGUAACUCCGACUCUAACACUGAUCCCUUUGGAAAUAAUUUCGGGUUUGUGGUAGAUUACAAAAACUCUCUUUUGAGAAAUAUGAAACGAUUUGCUCGCAAAACUACAACCAACACCGGAACUGUGGACGUAAAAUUCGGAGUAAACAUGCCGCAAAUCUCGAGCAAGCGACGCUCGUACAAAUUGGACGAGAUACUGAAUGCCAUUUCGCCCGAUAAUGUCCUUUAUAACGCUUUCGUUGGUGAGAUAACACCGCAGACACUUCUCUAUGUGGUCUUUACUUUACUCAUUAUUUACGAGUACUUGGACACACAAAUCAAAACUCUUUCGAGCAACAUGGAACCAAGGAGUGGAAGAGAAUCACAAACCGUUCCCGCGCUGCAGUACGCCAGCUUUCUGAUUGACAUCUAUUUCUUUGUAAAUGGUUCCAAAUUGGCGGCUGAAUUUUUACAAAAAUUCCCCAGCGAAAAGUAUCAGGUCUCGCAGCAAAUGUUUUUUGUUUUAAAGCUAACUUUGCAGAAAGCUCUUUCCGUAACUCCAUCAUUUGCGUUUUGCACCUUCGCUGAGCAUCUGCUCGAUAAACAUUUUUACAACAACAUUGCCCUAGAAAUUCCUUCACUAGACUACAAAACAUGCAAUAAGAAAUUAAGCAACGUGUUGUAUGUGGACACCUUCUAUGCGCUGGAGCAACGGUGCAUGCCUUGGACCUGGUUUCUUUCGCUGGAAAUGCUGUUCUUUAUCGUGGCCUCCUUGGUUCUCCUCCUCGCCGAAAUCCACUCGGCGUAUGCUACAAUAAUUGGCGUGGCUACCUUUAUGAUAUCCAUAUUUGCUUCGGUAGUAUGGGAAUCGGAUCCCAUCCCCAACGCGGAAUUUUCGUUAGGCACAUUUAUGCAAAAGGAACUAGCCGAAUUCAAUUUGGUCUACGACAACAUUUGCCUUCGCAUUUCUCCGUAUAUAAUGGGUAUAUGUGUUGGAUACAUUCUGCAGCGGACGCAAUCCAGCUUGAAAAUGAAUUUGGUGGUGCUGAUUUGUGGUUGGCUUGCGUAUUUGCUAAUGGCGGGCUUAUUUGUAUUUGGCUACAAAUACGGUUACGAGAAACUCCUGCCUCAUGUGGCGUAUGGACGCUGGUGCCAGGCAACACUCUUCACUAUUUCGCAUGCGAUGUGGUCUCUGAUGCUGCUCUGGACAACUCUGACAGCUGAAAACUAUCAAACUUGGAGACCGCUUAGUUUUCUGCUUGAAGGGAAAUUUUUAUAUGUUUUGGAACGAUUGUCACCGGUUUGUCUACUUGUGGGUCCGAUUAUAAUUCGGCUGCUGGUGUUCACAGCUGACACGCCCAUCUACAAUUCCGUCGGACAAACGUUUUCAAUUUUUGUGGGGUGCUUGCUGGUAAUAUACUUGAGCGCACUUCUUCUUCACGUUCUGUUCGAUGGACCUCUUUCUGCACUUCUACAGGAAGCAGUUCUAAAAUAACAAACAUUAACAAAUAGAUACAAACAUGUAUGUAUGUAUAAGGACUAAGCAGUUGAAAA